AUGCUUCUACUUCCCUUCUUGCUUCUUACUCUCUGUCCGCCUCUACUUUCUCUCUCCCUCUUUCUCUCUUUCUAUCCUCAACUUCCUCUCCUUUUCUAUGCUUCUUGCGUUAUGUCUUCUACUUCUUUCCUUUCUUUCUGGCUUCCUAAUCUUUGUAAAAUUUUCUUUUCCAUCUCUAUCAUCUGUCUAUCUUCUACCUUCCUACUCCCCCGUCCCUCCCUAUCUAUCUAUCUAUCUAUCUAUCUAUCUAUCUAUCUAUCUAUCUAUCUAUCUAUCUGUCUGUCUCUCUCCCUCUCUCUCUCGCUCUCUUUCUCUCUCUCUAUCUAUCUAUCUAUCUCUUUCUUCCUACUCUCUGUUCUAUCCUCAACUUCUCCUCAUCAUAGUCUUUAUAACUUUUCAUCAUCUACACUUCAUCUGUUUUAUCUCCUUAUUACCUUCUCCUUCGCUUUCUUUUUCUUCAUUUUUCAAGCUGUCUCUCUCUCCCUCUCUCUCUCUCUAUCUAUCUAUCUAUCUAUCUAUCUAUCUAUCUAUCUAUCUAUCUCUCUCCCUCUCUCUAUCUCUCUCUCUUUCUCCCCCCUCCCUCGUUGUUUCACUUCUCUACUUACGCAUCAACAUCAAAAGGAUGUAAUGAAGGCAGAAAAUUUACCGUGUCAUUAUUUGAACACCAAAUUUAAACACUUUUUUCAUAAGCAAAUCUUGAUACGGAACGGUACUCUCACCUUUAUCUAUCUAUCUACAUACCUACCUAUUUAUCUAUCUUAUUCUGUUCAUAUCUAUCUUACUAUGUAUCUAUCUCACUCUGUUCAGAUCUAUGUAUGUAUGUAUCUAUAUACCUACCUCCAUAUCUAUCUAUCUAUCUAUCUAUCUAUCUAUCUAUCUAUCUAUCUAUCUAUCUCAUUCUGUUGA